GAGAAGAAGAUGGGAACGGCGGUGGGGCAGUGGCUAGAGGAAGCGUUGCUUGAUCUCUGCCGGAAACCAGAAACCGGUUUGAAUUUCGAUCGUGAUGUCAUCUCCGGUCUAGUCUCCUAUUGCGAUCUCGCUCAACCUGUCGAUGCGAAGGAGUAUCUCGACAACAUUAUCGGAAAAGAAGGCAAUAGCAUCAUUGCAGAAUAUCUUCAGCGAAGAGGAUACAAAGAUCCAUCUAGUAGCCAUGUAGCAACCAGUUCAGGUCCAGAACUGCAGAUGUACGUGAAGCCAAAAGUGGAUAAUGGUGCUUCUUUUGGAACCAAGAAACCGGUUAAAACACAGAAAGAGGGAACAUCUUCUAAUCAGCAAGCUGGAACUUCGAAAGCAGCAGCUUCCGUCAAUCCCAAGAAGAAAAAGGGUGGGAAAGUGAUUUCUCUAGCAGAGGCAGCUAAAGGAUCGAUAGUGUUUCAGCAAGGGAAACCAUGCGCAUGCCAAGCUCGUAGACACAAACUAGUGAGCAACUGCUUGUCCUGUGGUAAAAUAGUGUGUGAACAAGAAGGAGAAGGGCCUUGCAGUUUCUGUGGAGCACUUGUGCUAAAAGAAGGAAGUACAUAUGCUGGGCUAGAGGCAGGGCUUACUCCAGUAUCCGAUGCUGAUGUCGCAGCUGAAGCUUAUGCGAAAAGGCUUGUAGAGUAUGAUCGAAACUCGGCCGCACGCACAACGGUUAUUGAUGACCAGAGUGAUUACUUUGAGAGUGAGGGUAGUACUUGGCUCUCUGGGGAGGAAAAAGAGCUUUUGAGGAAGAAGCGUGAGGAGAUUGAAGAAGCUGAACGAGCCAAAAAGAGCAAAGUGGUUAUGACAUUUGAUUUAGUCGGCCGUAAGGUACUGUUAAACGAAGACGAUGUCCCAGAGCUAGAGUUAGGGAACAGGAUUCUGGGGCCACCUGAGACUAAAAACGUGAACAGAAUCAAACCGAACCCAACUUCAAAACUCAUUCCAAUCUUCUUAGAUCCUGGACCAACCGAGAAGAAUCCGAACAACAGCAGCUCCUCCAAGAGAGACAACAAGAAAAACCGGAACGGGUUGUGUCUGGAGAUCACUGGAAGGGUACAACAUGACAGGAGUGAGCUUAAGUACUUACAAGCCGAUCCAUCAUCAGUAAUCGAUGGGCUUCACGUAGAAGAUGGUGGUGAAUGCUCCUUAGAUUACGAUUGA